AUGGCCGACUAUCAUGACUCACUUUCACAGGGCGAGGAUGCAGAUCAAUCGAAAGUGGUACAGCGGCGGAGGCGGCCCCCGCUCUCUUGUACAGAAUGCCGACGGCGCAAAUUGAAGUGCGAUCGCUCGUUGCCUUGCGGACAAUGCGUGCGCUCGAAAAAUGCGGACUGUUGUGUUUUUGUCGGUACUCAGCCAGGACCAACAUCGGAAUCUUCGUCGCGUCGCAUGUCGCCACCAGUAUCGCGGAUGCGUCUUCCUAAUGGGUCCGAGGAUCCAGCCAAUGGCACGGGCAGCAUGUUUGUCUUUGAUUCUAAAAUGGGCCCCCGAUCUGACACCCACCGGGUUUCCAAACGCAGUCGCCCGGAUGAGCUCCAUGAGCUGCGAAACCGACUGCGUGUGUUGGAACAUGCGCUGCACAAGCCUAAUGUUCUUCAAACACCGGAAAAUUCUAUCGGGGAUGUUUUCUCGGAUGUAGAAACGACUGCUGUGGAUGGCGCAGGCGUCGACGAUCGCGUUCGGUUCCUCCCAGAUUGUAGCUUCCGGGGUAAGAAAGGGAAGACAAGGUACUUCGGUCGCAGUCACUAUACUACCACCAUAUCAUUUUUCCAAGAUAUUGGCUCCUUUAUGCGACGAGGUCGACACGCUACCAAGGACAAAGAACUCUCCGACAUGAGACGCUUCAAAAGCGAGCUUUGGUCUCGCGAGAGCCAGGACCACCAACGAGCAUUUCGAGAACAAGCAUUCCGACUUGAAGAAAUGGUCCCAUCACGCAGAGUGGCCGAUCAGUUGGUUCAAUUCUAUCUCGAGACAUUUGAAACUACCUACCGUGUAUUGCACAUCCCAACGUUUUUAGAGCAGUACAAAGCGUACUGGAAUCGCCAACAGGAACCAGAUAUGGCAUUUGUAGCCCAGCUCCUGGCAAUCCUGGCAGCUGGUAGCUGCUUCUAUCUUCCAUCAUCAAAUAUGAAUGGAGAUCAACGCGAUGUGUAUCAGAAACCCGCAAUGAAGUGGAUCAUGGCUGUUCAGUCAUACAUCUCGUGCACCUUUGUGAGCCCGGACCUGAAUUUCCGGAUGAUUCAGACGCAGACCCUUCUUUUGAUCGCUCGCCUCGCGGUAGCUAACGACGGAGAUGUGGCAUGGGCGUCCUCAGGGUCGCUGAUUCGAUCCGCAAUAACGAUGGGAUUGCACCGGGAUCCGACAAGAUUUCGAAAGGCUCGGCCAUUCUGGUGUGAGCUGCGCCGGCGGCUAUGGACGACAAUUGUGGAAUUGGAUCUCAAAAUCUCUCUGGAUCGGGGAGUCCCGCCAUCUGUGGAUCUAGACGAAUCUGAUUGCGAUGCACCUAGCAACUGGGAUGAUGAUGAUUUAUCUGAAAUGAUGGAUACCAAUCCGACGCCUCUAAGCACCGCGACCUACACCGGCGGCUUUUACCAAAGUCUACUCUCCAAGACGCUGCCACUACGAUACCGCAUCGCGAAGAAAAUCAACGCCCUACGAUUUGACCUAUCCUAUGACGAGGCGUUGAGGAUGGGCGAAGAGCUCCUUCGAGCCUUGCAGCACGCAACUUCCUUAUUCGAGGAUAAUGCGUCGGGAGUUAAUCCAGUAGAUGUUGCCAAGCAUCGGUUCGCCCAGUCCUUGCAUCUCUUCAUCGUGCGCAAGUUUCUACUGGCGCUCCAUCGGCCCUUCUCACUCAGCGUGGUACGAUUACCUAAAUGCUCUUAUUCACGAAAAAUCUGCCUAGAAGCCUCCCUAGAGAUCCUCUCUCAGAUGGAACUCCCAAACCCAGCCGACUCAGUUCUAUACCCCCACAUCACCCAGCUCGGCAGCGGAACGUUCCGAGACGAGACCUUCCAUGCCGCGAUCACAGUCUGUGUGGAACUAUCACUCCAAGCUCAUGAGAUGGGCAGCGCAACCGGCCCAACGAUGGACGGUAUGAACUCGAGUGUGUUGAUGAGCAUGGUCCAAUCCCAGCAGAGCGUAAUGCUACAAGCAGUCGAACGGACCCUGAGUGAUUUCGGUCGUCGCAUCGGCCCUGGCGGCAAUGGAUGCAAAUCAUAUUUCUUCCUGACUAUCAUACUCGCCUCUGUCCAGUCGCGAAUCAAGGGCGAGGACCCCAUGAUCAAUGUGGAAACCUGCUCGAACAAGUCUGUUCGCGUGUGUCGGGAGAUUUUGAAUGGGCUGGCCUAUGAUGAUGCUUUGGCCAGUGCCCAACGUCCACCUGGAUCGACUGAUCAGACUCCGGUUAAUAUGGGAGGUCCCACCCCUUUGUCUGGGUCUUCGAUGGACUUUGACCCUCUCUCUCUUCUGUCCACUGAUUUCGGCGACUUUACGCCUAUGGAUCUAGGCGGUUGGGUUGAGGGACUGGACCCAGGUGGUCCGGAAUUGUGGGAUAAUAAUUUUUUUGCAAAUUUACCGGCGGUCUAA